GAGAGAGAGAGAGAUCUUUGUCCGUGUUUGGUUGUGGUUUUGUUUCUUGGUGUUUAAUGCAAAGAUGGAGUGAGGACAUGGGAAGAUACGGGUGAAAUCUGGUCGGAUCUUGCUUUGCAAGGGGUCGGAUUUGGUGGGCCGGAAGGUGGCUUAUAUUUCGAUUGCCUUAGCUGUCUGGAAGAGUCCACUGGGAGCGAGAAGGAAAGUGGGAAGGGACGACCUCCACCUCUCCUGCUACUUCUGCUGCUGUUGUCCGUUUCCCCCGCCUUCUCCGUCUCUUGGCCCUCCUCGAAGCUGGUUGUUGUGGCGAGGAACUGGUCGAUGGCUGUUGAUGCAGAGGCCCAGUUCCAUGUCCUGGCCGUGGAUGACAGCCUCAUGGACAGGAAGCUCAUCGAGAGACUCCUCAAGACCUCUUCCUUUCAAGUCACCACAGUGGAUUCCGGGAGCAAGGCUCUUGAGGUCUUGGGGUUGAGCGAAGACCAAACAAGCCCAUCGGCUGUCUCACCAGAACACAAUGAGAUUGAGGUGAAUUUGGUCAUAACAGAUUACUGUAUGCCUGGGAUGACAGGGUAUGACCUCCUCAAGAAGAUUAAGGGAUCAUCAUCUUUGAAGGACAUCCCGGUGGUGGUCAUGUCAUCCGAGAACGUGCCUUCCAGAAUAAACAGAUGCUUAGAAGGUGGGGCAGAAGAGUUCUUUCUGAAGCCAGUGCAGCUCUCAGACAUGAAAAGGCUCAGGCCUCAUAUUCUUAAAGGGAGAUCAAAAGACCAACAGCUGCAACGAGAAGAAAACAGUAACACCAUCAUCAUCAGCAGCGGUGGCAGUAAAAGGAAAGCCAUGGAUGAGGAACCUUCACCCGAGAGGACAAGACUCAGAUUCUCCACUGGUAGCUUAACCAUAUUGUGAUAUGAAC